AUGCGCAUUGAGGGAAGGCCUGCGUGGGGUCGAGACAGGCCUUGGGUGGUUUUGCGGGCCACCAGGCCCAAGGCCAUUCCUCUGGAGGAGGAGGAGGAGCUCAUUCUGGAUCCGCCGGCUCUGGGCUCCCACCCGGGCGGCGUCCACGUUUGGGGGCGCCGAGGAGCUUUCAUGGCGGCCACACCUCGGCGUGGCUGGCAGGCAUCUCUGAGGGGCUCCGGGUCUGGGGGCGGCUUAGGCCCUGUGACCCUGCAGCCCCUCAAACGCCUGGGGCUGCUCCUGCUGACCUUCUGGGGCUUGCUCCUGGUGUGCUUCUGCUUGGCCGCUGGUUUUGAGAAUUCUGAAUAUUCAGGCAAACUUAUUCUGUGGGAUGAUACUAAUGAACAAUCUCUGGAACAUAGCUCAGUAUGGACAACUCUGCAAAGCUUUUUCUUUCCAAAAAAAUGCAUCAUAAUGGAUAACCAGGUGGGAAAUACUUGUGGUAAGCGUCAAGAACCUAAUGAGAGUGAAUGCUUGAGUUUCAAAUGCUGUUAUUCACCAUUUGCAACCAGCAACUUCAGCUGUUUUGCUCCACGGAAUGAUACUCCUACACAGAUGCUCCGGCUCUUUGGGCUUAGUAUGUUCGGUAUGAUCAUCCUGGCAUGUCUGCCCAUUUUUUGCUGCUCUCUGUGGCAGAGGAGCAAAUGGGCCAAUUCUUUAAGAAGGAAAGGCAUCCGAAUUCUAAAGAAUUAUAAGAGACAAAGGAACAGCUCAAGGAUAUAUGCUGGGAGGUUCAGGAAAGCAAAGAAAGAUGAGAAAGGAUUGGGUAAUGGAAAGGAGGAAGAGGCAAAAGCACUAAUUUCUCCUUGAGAUGAAUGAAAACCAUUCAAACCACAGGAAGCUGUCCCAGUCAUAUAUACCUGACGGAGCAUUUUAAAAUGAUAAAAACAUUGGUUUUCAUCAUUACUUCCAAAUAAAAAAUAAAGUUCAUAGUUCUGUUUAUGUGCAUCAAA